AUGCCAAAGAAACUCGUAUCGGCCAUCAACGAUCAUAUGAUUCAUACCACCGCCGUCGUCGUGCUGGAGCAGAACCACGACCUCGGCGGCCAGUGGCUCUACCAAGACACUGGCUCCGGCGCUGCCACAGUCCACAGCAGCGUCUACGCCUCCUUGCACCUCAACACGCCCAGAAUUUACACAGAGUUCAGCGACUUCAUGUUCACUCCCGUCGAAGGAAGAGACUCCAGGAACUUCCCCGGCCACCGCGAGUUCUUCCUCUACCUCAAAGACUUCGCCCGGUGUUUCGGGUUGAACGAACUCAUCAGGUUCAACACAGAAGUAGUCCACGUCGGCAUGGCGGCAGCAACUGGCAAAUGGAUUGUGAGAUCAAGGGACAGGAGAACUGAUGACGGUGAGUUCAUGGAAGAGAUCUUUGAUGCGGUUGUCGUCGCCACCGGCCAUUUCUCUCUACCCAGGCUCCCAAAAAUCUAG